CUAGAUUCGCGAAGAAAUUGAAUUGACACCAAUUGCUAGUCAGUCACAACCAGAGGCAGGUCAUUCUCGCCUUGCGCAUCACUCAGGAGCGCAGAUACCGCUGUGAUAUAACUUCUGAUCAGUCGUCCGCAUGGGAUGGCGUUUCGGUCGGCGUUCUCACGUGUUAUCAUCAUCGUGGAAUAUAUGCGUAGCGCUCGUUGUACCACUCGAGUCCAAGUAUAGAUAAGGCCUUUGAUUCGUCUCCCACUGCAUCAUGCAUAUGAAGUUCAUCCCCUCCGUACUAUCGGCUCUGAAGGCCCUCCUGAAGGGCUCAAUUUGGUUCCUAUGCAAAGUAAUCUCCAUAUUCUUUGGCAGGAGAGAGUACCCGCUGCCCCCACCGCCCCCGCCGAUACCAUCCUCGGCUUUAUAUUCACCAUCUGAUUUACCAUACGAAAGUGCUCACCCGCUGCAUCGAAGGUCAUAUGAACGCACCCGCUUGCAGCAGCAACAACGCGCGCCCCCUGUAUCUCCUAAUGUUACUAUCGUGACCGAACCUGCUCAAAGUCACAUCCCUCAACGAUCACGCCGUUCUUCUGGACCUGAAUUAGCUACAGAGCCUCGUCGUCAACCGAGUGUAUGAUUCCCUGCACAACCAACGUCCCCCGCAUCUCGUGAUGUUACUCCCGUGACCGAGCCUGUUCAAAGUCUCAUCCCUCAAGUCUGUCUUAGUAUAAUCCAUCUG